UGCACGAGUCACUCAAUGGUCGGGCAAAAACACAGCUGGUCUAUGAUCCCCGAAGCAAGCUGACGGUCGUACGGUAUCAAUGUGAUUUUCGUGAAUUUCUUGCCGAUCUACCGGUCAGAUCGUGAGGUCAAGCCAGGCGUGCGCGACGAAUUUGUUCGGUGUUCGGUUCGUGGUGCUAGUGAGUGUGUUUAGAUGUAUACGCAACUCGUUAAUCGCGCUGUCACCACGAGGAUUUUUCACUGCCCUGGAUACAAAGGAGUUUCGUGAGGUGCUUCGAGCGUCCUUUCGGCAACGGAAGCGCCCGUUCAAAAAUGUCGCCGGCGGAGCCGUAAUUCAACGAUCCUGGUAGGGCGGAAGCGGAGGGACGCGAAGAAGUGGCGAACAAGGAAGAAAUGGCGUCCACCAGCGGGCACAAGAGGAACGGCUCGAGCUCGAGCAUGUUCACCCACAAACGCACCGAGUCCGGUGGCGGUUUUAUCGGUCACAAACGCGCCGAGAGCAUAUCCAGUGCCUUUGGCUACAAACGAUCCGAGAGUGGCCACAAGAGGAACGAGAGCAGCGGCGGUGGUUUCGGCCACAAAAGGUCCGAGUCCGGGAGCAAUUACCAUGCUGGACAUCGAAGGAACGAAAGCAUGUACGCUAUGACCGGGCUGUACGCGGAGAGCGCGAACACGGGAACCGAUGAAACCACAGAUCCAUUGCAGGCAACCGGCAGCAGACUGACUCACGACACCGUCAUCAGAUGUCACAGUAGAAAUCCCAGUUCUGGCCUCGUGGACCAUAGAGAUUUUAUCAUCAAAUGUCACAGCAGGAAUCCCAGUGCUUCCAUGGUGGACAGGACCGAGAAGGAGAGAGCGCAAACUCCACCGUUUAAUCCGGACUCGAAGGACUGCGGGAUCCUGAGUUGCAGGCCGGCCUUUAUACAAAGAUUCGCUGGAAUAAAGGUGUUUGUAUUCCUCCUGUCGUUUCUCGUCACGCUGCAGCAAGCACUUAGUUCAGGUUACAUAAAUUCUGUGAUCACAACCAUAGAGAAGAGGUUCGAAAUCCCGUCCAGCCUUUCAGGCGUCAUUGCUAGCUCUUAUGAAAUUGGAAAUGUCAUCACUGUCAUCUUUGUCAGCUAUCUUGGUAGCCGAAGACACAUACCUGUUUGGAUAGCUAUUGGCGCUGUCAUAAUGGGACUGGGAUCGAUGAUCUUUAUGGUACCACAUUUCACAGCCGAACCCAAUUUAAUGACGGCUGCAAACAAUUCUAGCUCAGACAACAUUUGCCGUGGUGUUUCAUUACGCGAGCAAGAUAUGGGAUUGGGUCGUCUGUCGUCUGGAUUAUCGUCUCCGCCAUUAGCACCACACAACAAUUUAAGAGGUGAUAACUGCAUUCAAGGAUCUCCUUCUACCGCUGGUCCUGUUAUGUUAUUUGUACUUGCUCAGUUAUUAUUAGGCUGCGGUGGUUCUCCUUUAUUUACCCUCGGUACUACUUACAUAGAUGAUCAUGUACGACCAGAAAGUGCUUCUUUGUAUAUCGGUUGUAUGUAUAGUAUGGCAGCUUUUGGACCAGUUUUAGGUUUUCUUCUUGGAGCUUAUUUAUUAUCGUUUCACAUGGAUUCGUUCUCUGCAACAAUCAUCAGUAUAGAUCCAGGCGAUCACAGAUGGGUAGGCAUGUGGUGGGGUGGAUUUCUACUCUGUGGUUUACUCCUAGUUCUAGUGGCAAUACCAUUCUUCAGUUUCCCAAAAAUCCUGCAACGGGAGAAAGAAAAGAUACGAAUUAUCGAAAAAAAUAAAUCGUCAUCGCAGAAAGAGAAAGAGCAAUGCAAAGAACCAAAAAAGGAGAAACUUGACGAUAGUGGUUACGGCAAGGAUGUAAAAGAUAUUCCCAGAAGUAUGUGGAGGCUGGUGUGUAAUCCAGUGUACGUUGUAACGUGUUUAGGCGCUUGCAUGGAAUUAGUAAUUGUCUCUGGUUUCGUGGUUUUCCUGCCAAAGUAUCUGGAGACACAAUUCAGUCUUGGAAAAAGUCAAGCCAGUGUGUUCACCGGCUCUAUAGCGAUACCAGGUGCCUGCAUUGGAAUCUUCUUUGGUGGAUGUUUGCUCAAACGUUUAGAAUUAAGACCAAAGGGUGCAGUUCAAUUUGUUCUCGUUUCAAACGUUAUAUGCCUGGUGUGCUAUGGCCUCCUCUUUUUCCUUGGUUGCGACAACGUGAAAAUGGCUGGGACCACUAUACCGUACUUUAACAGCAGCACAAAAGGCCCAGAACCCUUUCAAGUAAAUCUCACUGCCGCGUGCAACUUCGGUUGCGAAUGCCGAAUGACUGACGUCGAGCCAGUCUGUGGAAACAACGGUCUCACGUAUUUUAGCCCUUGUCAUGCAGGCUGCACUGCCUUCAGUUCCAAAUCGAAUUUCACCAACUGUGCAUGUAUACACGGAAACUUAACAAUGUUGCCACCGGCAGCUCCAGAAUUUGCGGAAGUAACAGUAGUGCCAGUAGCCACUGCUGGCCCGUGCACUUCGCCAUGUAGGACUAUAUUUCCGUUUUUAAUUUUGCUUUUUUUUAUGACGUUCAUCGUUGCUAUCACUCAGAUGCCUCUAUUAAUGAUAGUGUUACGAUCAGUCUCAGAGGAGGAACGAUCGUUUGCUUUAGGCAUGCAAUUUGUAAUCUUUAGAUUGUUCGGUUACAUACCUGCCCCCAUUUUAUUCGGUAACUUGAUUGACUCCACAUGUUUACUUUGGAAAAGUACUUGUGGAGAAAAAGGUGGAAGAUGUUUACUUUACGACAUUGAGCAAUUCAGAUACAGAUACGUUGGACUUUGCGCUGGCAUCAAGAUUCUAGCUUUGGCGUUGUUCCUCGUUGACUGGUGGUUAGUCAGAAGGAGAAGGCAAAUGGAAGAUCAAGCGCCGUCUUUCACUGUCAACGAAUUCGUAGGAUCAAUUAUCAGUCUUGACAAAUUGUUCGAGGAGAAACCGCAUCAUCACAACGCCGGCGAUGGAGACGGCACUUGCCCGAACUCUGAACUACCCACUCCAUCGUCAAUUUCGUCGCCUACAGAGCCUACAAAAUCGACGAACUUGGAGGACACUGGCUCGUCAAAUCAAACUCAGGAUUCAACGGAAACGGGAAACCGUUCGAAGAACUCGAUGGACGUCGAUGUCCCCGACACGAGGCAAGCGCCUCUUGCUAUGGAAGAACUGGAUGCGGAAGUGAAACCGUUGACUGGUAAAUCCGUUGACAAGCAUGCACGGAACGUUUAAUGUUUAACUCGUGUUAGAGAUAUUAUGCAAUUGAAUUAUAUCAAAAAACGUGAUAACGUGAGUCUGUGGCAAAUUGUUUUGGAGUCGCAGGUAAGCUAGCGUAAUAUAGAGUGGAAUAAUAUGUACAACACGUGUGCAUUAUUGAUUUGUGCAAUCCUAAAAGAAGAGAAACAAUCCUAAAAAGGGGGGGGCGGGAAAGGGGGAAGUGUUACGGAUGACUUUAAAUGAAAAAGAAAGAAAGAAGGGUCUGUAUUAUACAUACAUAUAUAGUACUAAUAUACUUUUUUAAGGAGAUCGAAAGACAAAGAAUUACCUUAUAUCGUUCUGUAUAUCGUCAAAUACAAAUUUAAAUUGUGUUGAAGACGUAAGUAAAUUUUACACAUGCAUACACACACAUUCACACACACGCACACACACAUACACACAUUAUAUAUUCUUGCAUACAAGCAAGUCGAGAAUAUUUUUACAAUGGUUACAUUUGCGUGAAGGAUAUCGUUUUAUCGUGCGAAAUGAUUUGCCACAGGUUUGUCUUGAUAGUUUGGCUAUUUUUAGGAACUAAUAUCACUAGAACGUACAUUUUUAUGGUGAUGCGAUAUAUAUGUCAAUAAAUAGGAACGUAAUAGGCGAAAAAGAAAAAAAAAAAUAUUUAGGCUCGUUUCAGACAGACAUCUUGCAACUUGAUCUGAGAAAAGAUUUUCUUUGUCUGGAACGAGUUCCUUUUUGCCGAUGGGAAGCGAACUUCAUGCAGUUUCGAAGAGCAAAAAAAGAAAAAAGAAAGAAAAGAAAAGAAAAAGAAAAAAAAAUAAAAAAAAGCAAGAAAGGCCAACAUGGACAAAACUGUAAAUAUAAAAAUUCCUGCCUUAAGAAAUACAAGACUAGACAAACGUAUAUUUAAAGAUAACUGAUUAAGUGAUAGAGUUAACAAUCUAUGAUAAAUAAUAUCAUUAUAACGGCAGAUUGAGAGCUGCGAUUUAUUUUAUAACUAGUGGUUAGGCUUUCUCAGAAAUAAAAAGAAAAAAAAAAUAGUAGUCAAUUUAACAUAGUAAUAUAAAGAAAGAAAAAAAAACAAACUAAAUGAAGAUUUAAUAGCGUUCACUCGUUUGUAAAAUUACUUGAACACUUUGCAGUAGCGUCCGUUUUAUUCCUUUCUUUUUUUUUCUGUUCUUGCAAAAGCAAUUGUAUCAUCAAUGAAAGAAUUAUGCUUUUAACAAAGCGGCACCUUGAUCUUUGAUGUAUCUUCUUCUAAAUGCUAUUAUAUCAGUGACACUAUCUUAAGAGCUUUCAGAAGAAACGUUAAUUAAACAAAAAGAGAGAGAAAGACAAAGAAAAAAGAAAAGCGAAUGCGUGUUUAUAUGGGCUCUUUCGUCGCGUUACUUCUUAUGCUAUUGUGCGGAAUGAAUUAUGCUUCCAAGCAACGAAAAGGAAACAGCUAUAGACUUUCUGUUAAAGAAUACUAAAAAUAGUUGGUCAACUGGGAUUCGAAACGUUGAGAACAUGUUUUGGACAAGUUUCUGGCUUAUCAUACACCUUUUAGCUCACUUAUUGUUAGGGAGAAAUCUACUUGUUGUUUUGUACCUGAAAGCAGAAAUAAGUGAAGGAAUACAAAAAAAAAAAAAAGAAGAAAAAUGAAGAAAAAAGAAAGAAAGGAG